CAUGUGAAGUGCAUCGCCGUAUACUCCACACCGAACACGAGCCUCCUAUUGGUCGAGAGAGUCACGUGUCGGCGACUACACGUCCGCUACCACAGCAACUUGUUCAUUGUUUUUUAUUGUCACGGAAUCUUGGUCUUCGUUCUGUCGUUGCCAUAGCAAACGAACAAUCGCCUUUCGAUACAAAUAAACAAGCUGUUAAAGGUGUGAUGGCAGAGACAGGUAACAAAAACCGGGGGUGCAAUCACGAUUUACUGACAGAAAUCCAUCAAAAAGUUGAAAGUUCGUGUCAGAAAACGAGGAGUGUGUGAAAAAAGUUUCCAAUUUCGAUAAAAUUCGCGUUUUAAAACUGAUUAAAUCGGAUUAAGUGGACUGAUAAUUUCGCGACGUAGACAUUUAAAAAUGUAGGUGAGAUAGUUCAUCGGUAAAAUCUGGUAGUGCGUGUCGUUUACGUUCCGAAAGAAAGUGUUUCUCGGGUUAAAUGAACCUUUGAAAGUGUCGUGAAUGUCGCAAAGAUGGAAGAGAUCGCCUUCAGCGAUUGGCCGGGACAACCUGUGGAUUUGAACGCUGGAAAUAACCCAUGGUUACCAGCCUAUGGAUAUACGGCGCCGACUACGCUCCUGGAACGUGAGGAUUUCAUUGGGAAUCCAGAUGCCGAAUACUUCCUUCACAGUGGCUUUGGUCAUUAUAUGUAUUUGGAGACCAUUUUGGAAGAGACUUCCGAUGAUCUACGAUCGGAGAGUGACGCCGAUUCUCGGGGAUCCCCCGUGGGCUGGUUAGCGACUGACUCUGAGACCGGAUCUGUAAUCUGCAUCGAACCUCCAGAUGAUGCAGAAUGCGACUCUGACCGCGAACUAGCUUGCCCAGCCAAACGUAGAAAACAAGAUUUUUUUCUAAAUUUGCCAGUUCCCGAAGAAGAUUUAAACUCUUUAAGUCGCUCCAGCAGUUUGCUUCAAUUCGAAACGCUAGAAAAACAAUGCCAAGAAAACUACCCGAGCUCUCCAAGUAUCUAUUCCCAAUUUAGCUUCGAUUCCUUGGAAACCUCCAACCGCAAGAACAAUCUAAGUCCGGAUAGCUUGAACAGUCCGAAGAGUGAAAGCACUGAAGAUGAAACUGAUUACUAUAAAACAUUAAAAAUUGACGUACCCACUAGGGUAAAAAGAAGCAACGAUAGUUUGCUGUUUAGUGCUCACCGAUCUUCUGGAUCAGAUACCAGCGAAAGUGACGUAAUCGACAUUUCGAGGUCGUUUGACAAUCUGAAGCCUUGGAGGAGCUUCGACAGUUUGCCCGUCAUCAACAAAAACAUUCGAGACAAAGUUUCUGCGGAAAAUUUGAGCGAAGACAGUGGAUACAGCGAUCACUUAACGAAAUCUUCGAGUACAAAUAGUUUUAAGUCUAAGGAUGAGGUUAGGGUUCAUACUAUGAAAAAUUAUUCGGAAAGGAAGAGUUCCUAUGUUGGAUUUUCGGCUUAUGAUGGGGAUGUUCUGCAAGAGAAUUUCAACGGCAAUUUCGGCGUAAGCUAUCAAGACCUGACGAUCCUCCGGGACCCCGAUCUGGACAAUCUGAAACCCUCCCCGCUGAUCGAGCAUUUCAUCAAACACAGAAAACAUCGUUCCCUACCAGUUAACGACUCGACCGCCUUGUCAUCAACGAAAACUUUAAAAUUAGACUCCAAACGGGAAUGCGCAUCUAAUUUUAAACCAUCUUCAAGCAGCGAACCCAACAUAUUAACAGUAGUAGACAGUCAGCAAAAUUCAACGAGUAAUAUUUGUGUGUCUAGUGUACCAAAGGACUUGAAUUUCAUUAGUGAUUUUACGAAAAGUGUUUCGAGGCCAAAUAGUGAUUCGGUCGCGUUGAAAAAUUGGAAUUUGGCCGAUUUUCAGCCGGGAAAGUGUAAUGAAACUGACCUAAUCGCCGAAGACAUGGCACAAUACAAAAGAGAAGGUAGUUAUGCCGAAGCUAUCAGCAAUUCACAGUAUAAGAGGGAAGGAAGCUAUGCGGAGGCUAUGGCUAAUAGAGUUGAUCUCAGCGAUGACGAACAUAGUUUGUACAACAGGAAAAAGCCAAAAUUGCCUAAAACACCUAUAGUGGAAUUCGAUAAAAAAGUACUUAAAGCCAUCUCCGAACAAAGUUUGCAAAAUAGCAACCAAAACCUACAAGAAACUAUCAUCUACGUACCAACACCUGUUUUCGUAACUCCACAACGAAAUGUAGUUAGUACUCCAAAUUUAGCAAUCGACAAAAUGGAACCAGAUGAUGAAAUAUGUUACGAAGAUGAACGCACAAAAUCAUCUCUAGACUUAGCCCGAAAAGGCAGUAUCAUCAAAUCUAGCACCAGUACCAGCGGCUUAUCAGACGCUGAUGAUAAACCUCUGGCCUCUGUUCGCAGUUUUACCGGUUCUACCAACUCUAAAGGAGUUCACUUUUCUCCGGUAGUAUCUGAGGUGAACUGGAAAGAUGACUCGGUGUCUACUGUUACACCGGAUCGGGAAAGUAGUUAUAGCUUAGGUAGCUCUUCGCCUGAUAGGAGUUCGCCUCCCAGGGAGUUAAUUAAACCUAAGGCAGUGCGGUUAACUUCUUCGCAACCGGAUCUAUCUGAUGAUAGCAGCAAGAAGGAGUUUAUAACCAAUUUGAAGAAGUUUAGGGCGGAAGUUAGUAAGAGCCAGCCAGAUGUGGCCAAAUUUAGGAGAAGAGGCAGCCAACUGAUAAAGAAGGACAAGGACGGCACGGUGGUCAAAGCCUACAUAGACCGCGAUGGUAUUCAAUACAAACACACGCACUUGGACAUCGGCAUGGGCUUUGGUCACAACACUCAAACUGCAACAGCUGCUCAGCCCCACUAUGUCGAAAAACCAUUCGAAACGAGCUUCAGCGGCGCAGGACAGCAUAAGAGCGCUUUCAAAUCGGUCUCGGCUUCUUCAGUCAACAACAUGGAAGCGCGCGAUAUACACCGCGAAGUAGCCCAUGCGCAGAAAGAUGCGAAACAAUCGAAAGCGUCGGGCAAGCUCGGCGGGUUUUUCUCGAGAUUGGCGAGUUUCCGGUUCAGCUUGAGGAAAGGGGCGGAAGAAAAGGCGAAAUUGAAGAAGAAGAAAAAUGAGACUGCCUUGACAGGCGCGGGACAUGUGCCAGGCACGAUAAUGACUCCCCAGCAACGCGUUGCCACCAAAUCAGAUUACAUCUACAUCCCCCUGAAAGGUCCCACGUCUCCAAACAAUCAAACGCUCUCUGGUAGCGCUCCGUUCAACAACAACGACGCCUCCCCUAAAUCCAACUCUGUCACGUCGAAACCGCCGCUGCCCAAACAGCCGCCUCGCGUCGUCCACGCAAGUGUCAAACCGUCGGCUGCCGCCUCCAGCGCGGCGGACAGGCAACAUCGCCCAGACACGCGACAACAGCGCAGGCGGACUAUCGAUUCCACGUCUGGUGGUUGCCCACUGCCAAUGGAGCCCAUGGGGCUUAUUGAAACCGAUUUAGAUACGGAAAUUACCGUUAUUACGAGUGGUGCCAAUGUGAAAACUAGAAGUUUGUUGGAUUUGGGGGCUCAACCCCAUCGGUUGACUUUGGCCAGGGGGGACGGCGAACAAGGUCCCGAACACCAUCCCCAAAACAGACCGCACAAGUCCAUGGAGUUUCUUCUGGAUAAACAGAAUCUCAAGGUCGUCGAGCCGCCUGAAAAUGAACUCCAAAAAGGGGAGAGAGUAAUGUCUGAACACCAACUUCGGGUCCAGCGUUCCCUACAAAAACUAACAAUUCCCGACUGGUACAAGCAAUCACCGGUACCCCGCGAAGGUUUCCUACUUAAAAAACAAUCCCCACGCGAAACACGAUGGAACGGCACAGGAAGCAAAACGACAUCUUUGAGCAGUCUAGGAUCAAAUACAUUUUCACCCAUUCUUUCCCCGACCCCGCUAAGUCAGCCUUUUGUACGGUGGUCAACGUCGAAGCUAAAUUCAACAGCGUCGUCACCUUGCGCAUCGACGAGGUCUAGUUUUAACACAAGGCAGCCCAACGGAAGCAUCUCGCCCUCUUCAGUUAGAUCUAGCUUCAGCUACAGACAGCCUUACUUAGGUUGGAGGUCACAAGAGCGUCUCAGCAGACCUAGAACGCCUGCGGAACGACUUGCCAGCUCGCUGUUAUCUGCCCAGGGCACCCCUCCACCACAACCACAAGAGAGUCCGGAGAUACAGACCUCCAUCAAGGAAGUGACGUCGGCUAUCGUGCACUACGUCAGCGGACUGAGGCCAGAAGAUGCUAGAGAUAGAAGUUACGAUAGCCAAGAAACUGCUAGUCAAAGAUCUAGUUCGGUGAGCCCUAGGGGUAGUCAGAAGCUCUGUUGGUUGGAGAGCAGUUUUGUAGGGACAAGACCGUUGGAUUCACCACAGACGCCUGUGACUUUAUCCGAAAGCCAAAGUCAUACACCGAUUUCAAGUACGAAACUUAGGCUAGAUUUACAAACGCAUAAUGGUAAGUCGGUUACAGCUUCUUCGUAAGUAGGGCUUAAGGAGUGCUAUAGAGUUUCAGUAAGCUUUGCUACAAAAUCUUCGUUUUAACUUUCUAUAAUUAUUAAAUUACUGUUCGGGCUUUAAGUUUUAAAGUUAUAAAUCUUGGAUUCAUUAAGGAGUAGCAAGAAAUGUUACAUUAGAUAUUUAUUUAUUCACAACACAAUUUUUUAUUAUUUUUGUUAUUCAUUUAGUGAAUUUUAAGGAAAAUUUUAAAGGUAAAAACGGAGAUUUUAUUAGCUGACUGGAUAUUUUUAAAAUGUAAAUUCUUGUCAAACAGUAAACAAACAUUAUUUAUUUCGUGUGCGUUCUAAAUAAUAUGUAAAUUUUAAUAACAAUUAAUUAAUAUUUAAAUCGGAAUAGAAUCAGAUAGUAUCGAUGUUUAUUUUUAACAAAAUUGGAUAUUUUUAGUUCAUUGCUGUAUUUUUAUUCAUUAAUUUAUUUAUGAAUGUAGUACUAUGAUAAAAACUGCGAUUUAUUACUAGUACUCUUAUUCCCAGUAUUAUUUCUUGGAGUUCAGUAUUAAACAAAAAUCUUUUUAAAUAUAUUUUGCAAUAAAAACAAAGAUCAUUUUAACAUACUAAAAAUAGUAAACAAUAAUUCAUUAACUAGAUUGAAAAUUAACUUGUUUGCUGUCAAAACUAGACAAGUGACAUGUAAACAAUUGUACACAAAGUUAAAUACUUUUAGACUAUCAUAUAGCCGACCUUCAUUAGUGGAGAAGGUCCUAGUACAAGAAGAAGAAGAAAAGACAUUUAAUGACAUUUGGUAGUUGAAAGUCUAGGAAACAAUAAGUAAGCCAAAAUCAUUAGAACUCUGCUAAGCUCAUCAGAUUCCAGUUGAAAAUAUUCAUUUUUACCUAUGGUUAUUCGAGUUUCGACUCAACAUAAUUUUUAUUAGUGAAUGAUGAGUCUCGCACUUAAAAGAAAGAUUUCCGAAUCAGUUUAAUGAGUCCCUCACCUCGAAUUACUGAAAAUCUUGAAUCUGGAAAUCAAUAAUUGUGCCACACUAAUUGUGUUUUUAAUGACAUCUACCUUCCUACCUUUUUAUUCUUUACCAACCUUGUUUUUAAACAUAAUUUGCUAGUCACAAAUCCAAUAGUACAAAAGACAAAUAUUACCAGUUUGCUAAUAAAUAAAUAUCACCUACAGUCGGAAAAAUGAAAGAAUACCCAUGAACGAACCUAUAAAACACGCUGUAUUUUCCUGUCACCGUGUCACAAAAAAAAUUGUCCAGUGCAAGUACAUGUAACAAUAAUUAUUACAUGUACUUGCGCUGCCCAAUUUUUUGUGUGACACGGUGACAGGAAAAUACCUCGUGUUUUAUAUGUUCGUUCAUGGGUAUUCUUUCAUUUUUCCUACUGUAAGUCUGUUUGUUAUCCAUCGAAUUAAAUAAUUUUAUUGUUAUUUUGAUUUACUUUGGCAAUGAGUUUACAUUUUUCGAGUUUACUAUUUGUCUGUAUUUUAAAAAUGUUAUAUUUUACUACGAAUUUUUUUAUUCUAAAAGACGAAUCUAUGGAGUCGUGAUAUUUUAUUGAUGGCAAUAAUCUACAGAGUGUUAGCGAUGCAAAAGGUUUUCUUAUCUCAUAAGUAGUGGUCAGUUUUAUAUUAUAUGUAUUUAAUGAUAAAAACCGUGGAAAACCAAAAUAGUAUGUUCUUUUUAUACUAAACAGUAUCUAUUAAUAUUAAAGAAAUUGUAAUUCUAAUUUUUAUAACUAUUUUACGCUACCAAAUUUUUAAUUUUUACAAAUUUUAGAUUAUCGGUUACCUUUAUCUACAUAAAUGUUGUUUAUUGUUUAUUUUAUAUUCAGUCUGUGUAAAUAACUUGUCAUUUUUUUGUCAAAUUUUCCUCGUUCUUUUAGUUAUUGCGUCCACGUUGGGCGCCAAUUUGUAACUUAAUUAAAGUUUUAUUGAUUCUUAAGAAGUCAGAACUUCACAAAAAGAUACAAUACUAAACGGAAUAUGUAUGUUACACAAAAUCCAAGAAAUGUUUAAUCACUUCAACAUUAUAAACUAUUUCGAGUAAAUAAAACUUUUGUAUGUGCAGUCGAGAGUUAUUUGGAGAAGUUUGUUAAUCUAGAGGUAGUUAGCUCUGUUCUUACUGUCUCAGUUCUAUGGAAAAUGAAGUUGGGUGUAGCAGCGAUGCACUCUAUAUAGUUAUUAUAAUUAAUACGUACGCAGAAUGAUUAUUUACAUAGACAAUACAUAGCGGUAAUAGGAGUACAGGUAAUCAAUAAUUUAAUAGUUUUUAAAAUUGAUGAGUAGCGUUAACUAUUUAUGAAAAGCCAAUGUUCAUGUUACAAAACGUUAAGACAAUAAGUUAUUUAGCUGUCAACAAUAAUUGCUACAAUACUAAAACAGAUUUAUUUACUUCUGUCUCAUCAAAUCAAUAUAUUGAAAGGAUUAACCUAGUAGCUCCCCUGUUUAGCGAAUAUGCUGUAGUGAUUUCAGUUUAUUUAUACACCAGAUAUAAAACUGACCAUUGCUACGUGCUAUUUUAUGUUUUUUGUUCACAUCCCUGCCUUACAGUUUCACGCCUUCUUCUUGGCGAAAAGGUAUUAAAAACGGUUAAAAAUUUUAAAUUUUAGACACUAAUUUAAAUAGCUACUGUAAAUGAUGGAAUAUAUAAAGAAAAUGGAGUAAUUUUUAGGCUAUUACGUAUCGUUUCAUUAUGGUAACUACACAGGCUCUACAUCGUUACAGAAAAUUGUUUUGCGAUGUUGCCAUUUACAUAUAUUUAUGUAAAUUUAGGUAAUAAUUCUAUGUUGAUGGAAACAACAAUCCUUAAAAUAUUUGGUUUUCUUUUUUAUACAUUUAUUUUAAUACCUUUUCGUCGGUCAUUAAAUGCAAAAAUUUAGUUAGAUCUGCACUUUUAAUUUAUAUUUUUAGUUUUCUGUGUCUAGGUAUUUUGAAUUGUUAUGAAUGUUCUGUCAUUUUUAUUUAUGGUGCUACAUUGUAUUUUGUGUUUUAUGUAUUAUUUUUAUUUUUUUUUUAAGCUUAGCGGGCGGUUGUGUUUGUUAUGUGACAUUUCAUUUAAUUUUCGAGUUAAGGUAACCAUUUUUAUAUGUUUAGUUUUCAAAAACUUGAAAAUAUUUCAAUAAAGAUACAGUUACUCUAUAAUAAUAAAGUAACAUAAUUACAAUCGUGACCAAUAAUUAGGUGUAGUUGGGUAAAAUUAGCCUAACGUACAUACUAUUCGCCAUUUUACUAAUUACUCAAAUUUUAAAAUUUCCUCUCGGUUGUGAUUGGAAUUUGAAUGUUAUUGCACCAUAAUGUAGAAUUUCAUCCCUUUACCGAGUCUUCUUGAUUAAUAUGGACGUCAAACUGUUUCAAUUGGUAAAGUUUUUGAGCGUCUAGUUUAUGAAAAGUUAAUCUGCCUACCGACCAGUUUACUUUCAAAUACUUUACAGAGUACUAAAGACUGUCAAAAUUAAGAAUGACUUUGAAAAUUAAGUAGGAGAUAUAACUCGACCUUUUAACUACAUUUAAAACCACGUAUUCGAGUCCCGGCGUUUAUUCAUCUCUUUCUCUUCGAAUACUUUCUCCAUCUGCUCUCUGUGUCAAUAAGCAAAAUUUCGAUUCCUAAUGCUGGAUUCCGUGCACUGUAGAUAUCUACACGUCGCUUUCUAUCGAUGUCAAUUUUCGUAAAAAUAUUUGAAGUUUUAGCUUUAAUUGAAUUAUUUUCUAGUUUUAAUAGGUUAUAAUCUAAUUGAUGUUAAAGUGACACUUAAUAAAACAAGAAAAUAUUUGAAUUAAAACUAAAAAUUAAAAUAUAUUGACAUCGCGCUGAUCGCUUUCUAUGAAUGUCAAUAUAUUUGAAUUUUUAGUUUUAAUUCAAAUAUUUUCUUGUUUUACUAAGUGUCACUUCAGCAUCAAUUAGAGUAUAACCUAGCAAAACUAGAAAAUAAUUCAAUUAAAACUAAAAAUUCAAAUAUUUUUACGAAAAUUGACAUCGAUAGAAAGCGAGGUGUAGAUAUCUACAGUGCACGGAAUCCGGGCCCUAGUCUUGACGAGUACAAUAGUAAUAGACUUGUAAUAGCUAAUUUUCUCCUUUUGGAAAAUCACUGUGGUCAAUAUAAAAUCUGGAUUACAUCUGGUACAUACAAAACAAGAUUAAAUAACGGUGUUCUUACGUUCAGUAGAAGAUGGGUUAAAUAAAAUAGAAGUAGGUAAUUAUUCUGGUGUACUCUAGCUAUGGUUAUUAAAUAACCAUUGUAAAUAAGUGUUCAAUUUUGUUCAAUUUGUGUAAUCAAUGUGCACAUUGAUCGUGUUAUUCAAACGGAAUUUAGUGUGCACCAGAUUCUGCGUGUUAUGUUGAAGCUAGUAGGUCUUUUGGUUGAGGAGGGCAUAUUUUUGUUGGGUUUCCUAAACAAUUCCUGUGGUUUUUGUUCGUUGUUUUCCAGAGCGGAGUCGAUUUUUGUUUGCGCUCCAAAAGAAUGUAUUGGUAGUGUUGUGUUAUUAAGUAUCUUUCUGUAUUCAUUUGUCAGAAUCUCGAGCCCGCGAAGAUAUGACAGUGGAAUGUUGCUGUAUAGUUGUAGACUGAGUUUGAUUACUCCAGAGUGUCAUUCUCAUGAUAGCUACACCUACAGAUGGGUACAUGACAGCUAUUAAUUCAUACUGGUGAUUGCACCUGAAACUUGAGUAAAGAAGCCGGUGCUCCUCAUACCAAAAACCGAGCCUCAUGGUGAUUAACUUCCUUGCAACUUAAGUUUGGCCUCUUUAAAGCUUACCGUUUUAUCUGAUGUCACGCCGAUGUUGAAACAUAAAAUAUUGUGUAAAAACAUUGUUUGUAGAAGCCAUUGCGCAAUUACAAAUUAAAUCCCUUUAUAUAUUUUAUAUCCUUUAAAUAUAUUUUAAUUUAUUUGUAAGGUUAUUUCCCUUCCAGCAAUAGUAGAUGGUAAAACUAUUUCACAUCGUCAAAUGAGAAGUCCGGACAUAAAGCAUUUAAUUUGGUCCUUUCGAGCCGGAUUGAAACCUUAAAUCGCUGGUUUAUAUCCGACUCGAAUAAGGGGUUUAAUUUUUCAUUGGCCAGUCAGAUACUAAUUUCUACGGUGCUCAAUGUUUCAUUGAGAGGAUUUUCAAAUGCUAAAUAAAAAAGAUGUUGAAUUAAGAAGCAACUAUUUUAAGCAGAAUCUUUAAGGCUUUUAUUCUGUUAGCUAUAUCUGGAAAUAUUUAUUCGUAAUGAUAGUUUUAAACAACUAAAAAAAAUAAUGGACUGAUAAAGAAUGGCGUAAGGUUAUCUGAAUGUUGGAAUUUUAAACAGAAUUUUUUUUGUCCAAAUUUUGUCUUCUCUAAAUAGGUUGUCAUCAAGUUUCUAGUUCUAUAGGUUACUGUCUAUGAAGGAAUGUUCAAAGAAUAAAGAAAGGUAGUUGAAGUCGUGUGUUGUCUAUACAUUUCUCAAUAAUAUAUCAACUUAUAGCAACUUUGAAACUUACCAAUUAUUUGAGAAGUAUUAACUAGUGGCUUUCUAGAUUUCCUUUGUUAGUUUUGCUUCUGUUGCGCAUGUCUAUAUAUUUAUUAAAGGUAUUUAUAUCACAAUAUUAAGGUACCAGGCUUGGUCACAAUCAUCACCAAUCAGCCCUUUGCAUCCACUGCUGGAUAUAGGCCUCCCCUAUUUCCGUCCACUGUUUUCUGUCCUGGGCGCUUUGAAUCCACCAGACUUUGUAUUUAUAGCAAAACGAAUAUUUUUUAAGAAAUAGAUCAUUUUUUACAUUUACAUAUUUUGUAUUUAUUUUAUCACCAGUGACAAUCUGGAUCAACUUUUUUAAAUUUAUUUACGACAUGUAUUUUAAAACAAAUUGGUAAAACAUGUAAAAUUAAAUGAAAUGUCUCAAUGAAAACGCUUCUUGUCACCUCACGGUUUACGGAGUUUGGUAAAUUGUGACGGUUUUGAUAAUGCCUGUUGACGAGUAUUUUUCUUUUUGUAGGGUGAAAAAAUAACGCGAACUUAUGGUUCUAUUCAAAAUACUUAACUUUAACGAAACUGCUCAUGCGAUUUACGAAAAAAUAUAUAUUUUUUGUAUAACAUAUUUGUCCUGUACUAAUAAAUUCAUUAUAUACAGGGUGAACCAGUUGGGCCUAAUCGACUAAAAGUGUUAUUGCUAUAAAAUGUGUUCUUUUGGAACAACAGUGGUUAUCUCUUUGAGGGUUUAAAACAUAUUGGUGCAUGCUGAUAUAUUUCUAAUUAUGAUUUUAUUAGUAAACAUUAAUUGGACAUAGAAUGAAUAUUUAAAUAAUCACUGUCUAUCUAAUCCAAUUAAAAUUUAAAAAUAACUUCAAAUGUCACCAUAACCUAAAUUCAAUAAUUAUAAAAUUCAAAGAAUUUCAUUAGUUAUCUGAUCACCAUUUGAAAUCACUAAUAAUCAAAGAAAGAAAAAUACAAUACUUGGGCCAUGUUUUGAGAGGAGAAAGAUAUGAACUACUUCAAAUCAUAUUAGAAGGUAAAGUACAGGGCUACAUAUCAGUAGGAAGUCGCCCUUCGAAAGUAAACGGCGCAAUUAAAGAAGAUAUAUUUCUACUUUCUUGUUCCAAAAGACUUGUUCCAAGUGUUUAUGUUCAAUUACAAGACACAGUUUCUAUUCUGAAGCUCUUUCGAUUUGACAGGCUUUGGACUGAAAUUUUUAACGUGAGUCUGCAGUUCUUUUUCUCAUUUUGAGCAUCUUGGAGACAAAAGUAUUAGCUUCUUUCUCAGCAAAACUAUCAGCAAGCUUGUUUUCAUCAAGUAUUGCUGAAUAUUUCCGAACUAACAUAGCAAAAUCUCACUGAUAGUACUUCUACAAAAAUUGAUAAGUAAGAGAAACUUCAAAAGUUUUUGCUCAGCUUGUUAAGAGAAUUAGAAGAGCUCAAUUUCUAUCAAUUUAGUUUUGCUGCUACAAACAGGCGAGAUCUUACAUUCUUUUCAAAGUAGGGAUGGACCCAAUACUCCUGAAUUCUGCAAACCCUGGAAUCCUCAUAGUAAUCAACUAUAUCCUCCUCGUCGAAAAUCCACACAGUAAAACUACUGCACUGCUCAAAUAAAUAAGCACAACUGAACCAGAAUCAGUCGCUUCUUAGGUGGAGGGUUUUCAUUUAGAUCAUAAACUGGUUUUAAACCGACUGCAGAUGGUAGACUAAUUUUAAAAUGUUGUUUUUAAACAGUUACCGACCUAAGACUUAAAUGAUCACUUUAGUACCUAACCGUCACAGGAACAUCAACGGAAAAGAAGAAGAACUGGUGGAUACAUGUAAAUAUCUGAAACAUAAAUAUUAUUAUUAGGAUUUUCAGAGAUCCAAACACAUGAAUUGAAAAGACGAAUAUAUCUUGGAUGGGCAACAUAUAUGGAAAACUACUAACGACUAACAUCAAAAUGGUAACGGAGGUUGGGUACCAUGUUCCAUUUCCAUACCAUAUUCAGCUUCGUGUCGGGCCUGAUGUCUCCAUGCAUUUUCUAUAUCCCACACCGUUUUCUUGGGUGGUCGAGGUGCAAGAAACCUCGUCCUUCGACGUUUUCUCUUCCAUUUUCGUCUAUUUCCAUCAGUUGCUAUGGUUUCCCCUGGUCUAGAUCGUGGUAGAGGAGUUGCAACCCCCCGAUGAUCGGGUUGAUUAAGUUGAAACACUAAUUACCGGAAUAUAUUUAUUUAAGUCACCAUGUACGGCAGUAACUAGUUGGUGUAAGGGAUGGAUAACGUCUCUUCUCUAACAACUUCGGUUUUUGAAUAAUAAAUAAUCUCUUUCUUUACUUCCUACGUAUCUAUAAAUAAAUCGCAAUUGUUUGUUAUGAUUGACUAUACUUGAAUGUGACCGUGAAUUACUAAUAGCAGUAUAAUUGCUGACUUCGGUGUUUUCAAAAUGCGUGGCCUAGAUUACAAAACCAAUGUCACCCAUUUACGAAAUCCAAACAAUGCAUGUAAAUAAUAUUUGCUUAAGACUUUUAAAAAUUAAGUCGAUAUGGAUUAACUCUUAUUUUUUGGAUUCUAAUAUAAAUCCUUUACACCGAGUUCAGUUAAUCGUGUGGUUGGCGAAUCCACGACACAGAAACUCUAGGGAAAUCUAUCUACCUGGUUAUUUGUGAAAUUAAAAUGAGCCUAAACAUCUUUAAAAAUAAAUUAUUUUUAAAUAUCAACGAUUCUGCACUCCAACCUAUAGAGAGUUUUCUAUAUCUCUAGAUAGAUGUCGCUAACGUGUCCGUACGUAUUUAAUAUUUUAUUUAUAUGCAUACUUCGAUAGCUUGGAUUCAGUUCGCUUCAGGAUACACCAUUUAAUCUAAAGCUGCCUUUCCUUAAUGUUAUACACCCUGUCAAAGGUGUUACUGUUGUCCAAAAUAUAAAAAGUAUCGACAUGAUUUGUAUCACAUGCACAAGUAAAAGCACUUUUUAGUUGAUUAGGCAAGGUUGCUAUGUUUUUAGGGUUGUGGUAGCAGAAAAAAUAGAUUAGCGGUUACUAUGUUAACAUUGAUAUUUGUUUUCAUUGUGAAAUAACAUUUUGUAGAACAUUAUUUUAGUGGAAGCAAGCAUGAUAUUUAAUGGUAUGAAUAAAAAUGGAGUAUAAACUCACGAGUAUGUUCUCAUGUAUAUGAGCAUAAAGUAUAAGCGUGUAUAAGUUUAUUCUCUAUUUCAUAUGAAUAAAAAUAUUUUGAUGUGAUGAGUUUCUACUCACAGUACAUAAGAGUAGAUGGAGUAUAUACUCCAACAUUUGGAGUAUAAACUACAUUCUCAUUUUUAUUCAUACGAGCCAAUGUGUCUAGAUAUAGAUUAUUCGAAUUUGUGUCUAGGUAUACAUCAGUCGAAUUUUUUAGAUUCUCAUAUUGACGUCAAUAAUAGGUACUUUUUAGUUUUGAUUGGUAUUGGAAUUUUAAGUAUUGAUAAAAUAGUAAUCAUUUACUUAUACUAAUGAUGAUAUAUCACCUAUAUUUGGAGUGCCAUUUGACAUUAUCGGAAUUCCAUUGUAAUAGUCAUCUGAAAAUUUGUCAUGAUUUUGGUAAUCUCUUGAUUCUCUCUAUUCUUAGGUGCCCUUUCUUUUUCUGCUGAAGCUUAUAAGAAAGUGUCGACAAUUAUUUGGUUUUUUUUUUGUAUUGAAUUUUAACAUUUACCGUGGUAUUCGUUUUGGAUCCCCUUUUUAGUUAUUUAUUGCUUAACUAGUGGUUUUGUGAUACUACCAACUAACACUUUCAUGUGAUUCGUGUCCGUAGUUUUUAAUUAGUGACCGAUACUACCUUUCUGACUUCUUUUCUAUUUUCCAAAAUUCUAUUUUGGUUAUCUAUUUAUUUCGUAGUUUAUAUGUCGUUUUGAAAAGGUCUUAUGGUAAAGAACUGACUACGAAAAGAAAGAAAAAGAUGGAAAGACAAUAAAUUACACUGGAUCAAGUGAAUAUUUUGGAUAGAAAGGCUAAAAAGCGGUUCUACUAUAAGCUAUUAUUAUUCAAAUAUUGCUGUGGACCCCAAUAUUAGGUUCAUUAUUAUAAGAUCCUAGUUAUGUCUGGGAAAUGAUGUUUGUUAAUUCCAAUAAUUUAUAAAUCGAAUAGAAAAUUGUGAAAAGUGUACUCGUCAAAUGUUUACAAUUUUUUAUGCUAUACUUGUGUACCAAUUUCUACCAAUUUCUUUAAAACGUAAAACAUUUGACCAAUGUGUUUUGCCCGUGAUGACUUAUGGUGCCGAAACUUUGACAUUGACAGCUACAACUUCUAAAAUGCUGCAAAUCGCUCAGAGGAAAAUGGAAAGGUCAAUGCUGAGUAUAUCGCUUCGUGACCGAGUUAGAAAUGAAGACUUAAGACGAAAAACAGGAGUUACCGAUGUAAUUUCCCGAAUUGCUACCCUGAAAUGGCACUGGGCCGAACACGUCGCCCGAAUCAGUGAUGGGAGAUGGACGAAGAGAUUACUUGAGUGGAGGCCGAGAUUAGACAAAAGAAGUAGAGGAAGACCACCUACUCGUUGGACUGACGAUCUCAAGAAAAUGUAUAGAAAUUGGAUGCAAAGUGCUCAAAAUAGAGCACAAUGGACAAAAAUGAGGGAGGCCUAUGUGCAGCAGUGGACGCAAAGGGUUGGAUGCUGAUGAUGAUGAUGCUUGUGUUGAAUAUGAAACCAAUUUGGACUUGUUUUAGGCCAAUAAGCAAUUAUAUUCUGACCCAAGAUUCUUUUUCUUCUUCCUCAGCUUUUUCCUUUUAAGGAGUUGCUGUUCUCUUUCCAGUGGCCCUACAGUCCGAAUCGAGCCAUGGCUUCUUCCAAACUAUACCUCCAACCUUGCUGGUCCCUAGCCAACUUCCGGCUAGCAAAUUUUGCGCGUCCGCUGACACAUCAUCCUCCCACCUUUUCCGUUGCCUUCCGUUUGGUGUUGCGACCUGCAUUUUAUAUAUAUUUUAGCCUCCAUUUUCACUAUAUAACCAGCCUAUUGAAGUUUAUGGUUGUACCUGGACCUCUGUACAAUGUUUUCGUUAAUAAGUCCAAAUACGUUCCUUGUCAGUUUUCUUUCAAAAGCUUUCUUUUUAUAUUUUCUGUCAUCACCCAUGUCUGCAUCCACAACUCGCAUGCAUAACCUUUUCCGUGGCCUUCCGUUUGGUGUUGCGCCCUGCAUUUUACAUAUAUUUUAGCCUCAAUUCUCACUAUAUAACCAGCUUAUUGAAGUUCAUGGUUGUACCUGGACCUCUAUACGAUGUUUUCGUUAAUAAGUCCAAAUACGUUCCUUGUCAGUUUUCUUUCAAAGACUUCCAGCUUUUUUUUAUAUUUUAUGUCAUCACCCAUGUCUGCAUCCAUAACUCGCAUUAUAAUGUUUUCGUUAAUAAGUCCAAAUACAUUCCUCAGCACUUUUCAUUCAAAGACUUCCAGCUUUCUUUUUGUAUUUUCUUUCAUCACUGAUCACCCAUGUCUGCAUCCAUAACUCGCAUACUAUUGGUCUGAUAAAAAUUUUUAGACCCUAAAUUUUAAUCUCCAGUGUGUGUUUUUGAAGCGGAAUACAUGAGUGAAAAGCAAGCUUUAUUUCCCUUUACUAUUAUUCUUUAAAAUGUCCUGUUCUUCUGUUUUAUGCAUUUCAACUCUCAGUUAUGUGAAACUUUCUACUAUUUCGAUAUCGUCCUCUAAUUCAACUGGGCGUCUGUUUCCCCUAGCUCUUGCCUGUGUUAGCUUUUUUGUCUUUCGAAUAUUUUUAUUUCUAGUCCGGUCUCUGUUGUCCUUGUCUUUAAUUGUGAAUAUACUUCUUGCGUUCUGCGAGACAUAAUGCCGAUAUCAUCGGUAUAGACGGCAAUCUGUAUUGAUUUACUUGUUAGGAGUUUAGCUUCUCCUAUAUUUAACUUAAAAUAUCUUAUCACAUAUUCAAAAGACAGGAUUUUCUGAAGAGUCAUGGAUUAACACAACUUGAUCGUCAUUUUAAAUAAUCUUCUGUUCGUUGAUCUACAAAAAAAAACGCUGUGGAACGGUAAAUAAAAAUUAUCCGAAAAAUAUGGUUUUAACAGUUGCGGCAGUUGUUCUUUUCAGUUAGUCAGAUUUUGCCGUUUCCAAAGUCCACUAAAAAUGACCCCUAGCCUAUUUUUUGCUACUACUUCCCUAAAUUGACAUUAACAAAUGAUAGAGUUUAUUUUAUUUAAUUUAGUUCGUUGUACAGAUUAAUUUUUAAAGUAUUUAACUCAUCUAGGUAUAAGAAGAAUUUAUUAUAUAUGUAUACAAUCUUAGUAUAGCCUGAGUGCAAUUUUUUGUACUUUGUUGUUUUUCCAGUGUUUAUAAUAUUAUUUUAUUAUUUUUGUUUAUUAUGUGUUUCGUAUCAUUUAUUUUAUGCAUGUCUGUAUAAACACAUAGAAUUCAUCAAUAAAUUGUUUUAUUUUCUCAA